UGGGCGCUGGCGCUGCUGGCUGCGCUGGGCAGCGCCCGGGCGGAGCGCGACUGCCGGGUGAGCGGCUUCCGAGUCCAGGAGAACUUCGACAAGGCGCGAUUCGCCGGGACCUGGUACGCCAUGGCCAAGAAGGACCCCGAGGGCCUCUUUCUGCAGGACAACAUCAUCGCCGAGUUCUCCGUGGACGAGAACGGCCAGAUGAGCGCCACCGCCAAGGGCCGGGUCCGGCUGCUGAACAAUUGGGACGUGUGCGCAGACAUGGUGGGCACCUUCACAGACACCGAGGACCCUGCCAAGUUCAAGAUGAAGUACUGGGGUGUAGCGUCCUUUCUCCAGAAAGGAUACGAUGACCACUGGAUCGUCGACACGGACUACGACACCUACGCCGUGCAGUACUCCUGCCGCCUCCUGAACCUCGACGGCACCUGUGCUGACAGCUACUCCUUCGUGUUUGCCCGCAAGCCCCACGGCCUGCCUCCGGAAGUGCAGAAAAUCGUGAGGCGGAGGCAGGAGGAGCUGUGCCUGGCCCGGCAGUACCGGCUGAUUGCGCACAACGGUUACUGUGAUGGCAAAUCAGAAACAAACCUUUUGUAGCAACAUCGAGGAUGUCAAGUGCCAUUUGAAAAUGUCCCACUAACUCUCACUCAGCCUUCAACUCUAUUUAUCUUAGUUUAGUCUGGCCCUCUCUCUUCCCCUUUCCUUCAGGAAACAUAAAACCUUCAGGACACAUAAAAAUAUAUGUGGGAAUUAGUGAAUCAGUUUUCACUCAGAUGUAUGUUUUCACUGGAGCUUUCUAAGGAAUCAUUUGAGGCUUAGGAUUCCAGACUUGGAUUUAUUAAAAUAUAGCCUCCUGUUUCCUA